AUGGCUUCAGACUCGGCCUCAAGCCUGGACAAAGUUCCUGUGCUGCUCCUCAAGACAAAAUCAUCGCCGACCGAUGCAUAUGAAGACAUAUUUUCUAUCCCUAGUGAUGGUUUCCCUUCUUUUGAACCCAUCUUCGUUCCUGUCCUUCAGCACAGGUUUGAAGAUGACGGUAUGCAACAAUUCGAAAAGUUACUGCGGGAGAGGAGGAUAAACCGUAACGCCGAUAGCGCUUACGGUGGUCUCAUAUUUACCUCGCAGAGAGCAGUCGAGGCAUUCGCCAAGUUAGUUGAUGAGGGCAAAGGUGAUCAGACUUGGCCGCACCUCCAAGAUAUACCAGUCUAUAGUGUGGGCCCUGCUACGACCCGAGCGCUCAAAGUCAUUCCCCAGACACCCCCGCUCCAAAUCUUUGGCGAGCAUACUGGGAAUGGCGAUGCGCUCGCACGGUUCAUAUUAGACCACUACGGCGAAUGGUACAAAGACCGUCCCACCAAGCCUCCGCUACUCUUCCUAGUAGGAGAGCAGAGACGGGACAUUAUACCAAAGACGCUAAUGGACGAGACUCUGCCGGAUAGUCUACAGAUAAAAGUAACAGAGAUAGUGCUAUAUGGCACUGGUGUUAUGGAGUCUUUUGCUAGCGACUUUGCGGACGUACUGCAGAGAACAGCAGGCCGACCGGAACGAUGGGUUGUGGUUUUCUCACCGACAGGUUGCGACAGUAUGUUGAAGGGGUUAGACCUACUCGAUCAGGAAACAGGUAAGGCUAUCGAGAGGACGAGCGAUGUGAAGCCGCCAACCUCGAUUGCGACGAUCGGACCGACGACGGCGAAUUAUCUCAAAAAGACGUUUCAUCACGAGGCUAAAGUAUGUGCUAAGGAACCUACUCCGGAAGGAGUACGACAAGGCAUAAUGGAGAAUAUGGUAAAGGAUAUAUAG